AUGUCUUCGACCGUUACCUCAGCUCGCCCUUCUGCCUCGGCAGCAUGCUCAAAUCUCUAUGAUACACCAGUCUCCGAUGCCGUUUGCGCAAUGCCAUUCAGCAACGACAAUGCCAACCUCCUCAAGGCUUGCUGCAAGAGUGCACCGGUCGUGAGCUACUACGAUGACUGCGGACUGUACUGCCUUGCCUCCGGACAGAACGUCCAGGAGCUCAUCGACUGUCUCUACGGAAAGAACGCCGCCUGGGGUGAUGUUUUCUGCAAGGGAAACGAGAAUGCAACGGCAACCGCCACAGACCUCAGCCAGCUUCCAUCCACCGCCUCGGCCACCAUCAUCGGCACUGGCUCGCUCUCUGCCACCGGCACGCGUACCUCCAGCUCAAGCUCCUCCACGUCUACUAGCGAUAAGAAUUCGAACGAUGAGGAUAAGAAGGGAGCUUCCUCGAAGCAUGGUGUGAGUGCAAGUGGCAUUUUGGUUGCAUCCUUGGUACUCGGGACUGCACUCUUGGGGAUGGUGCAGGUUUAA